UGGAGUUACAAAAAGACUCAUCAUGUAAACCGAUCAAAAUCCCAAAUGGCAACAAGGGGUAGGAAGCCUUUCGCAAAUAGGCAGGGUUUUCAAAGACCAGCCGAAGAAAAGGGUGUUCAUCCGACUAUUCUAAAACAAGCUCGGCGAUCAGGGCAACUUAAUCUAUCCGGACGAAAUUUAUCGACAGUUCCUGACACAGUAUGGAGACUGAACAUUGAUGUUCCAGAGGAGGCGCGCGAAGUCAGCCUGGACAAUACUGAGGAUAGGUGGUGGGAACAGACCGAACUAACCAAGCUCAUUCUGGCCUCUAACCUCCUCACUGAAAUCUCUCCAGACAUUUCCAACUUCCCAGCCUUGACUGUGCUAGAUAUUCACGAUAACAGACUUGAGUCUUUGCCACAAAGUUUACGAGAGCUGGAUAAUCUUGUCAAGCUUGAUGUAAGUCGAAACAAACUAAAGGAGUUACCAGAAAGUGUGACCUACCUACGGAACUUAAAGAGCUUACAUGUGGAAUACAACGAGGUGACCAGUAUCAGUGAGAGGAUCGGAAAUCUGGAUAAACUGGAAGAUCUGGACCUGAGCAACAAUCAGCUUUCAGAUCUACCACCCCAGAUUGGAUAUCUAACUCAUGUGAUCAAAUUAAAUGUAUCCAAUAACAAACUUAGCAGCCUUCCACCAGAACUAGGUUCUAUGAAUGCUCUAAAAUGCCUAGAUGCCACACAUAACCAGUUAACACACCUCCCUGGAGAUUUGGGGAACUUGCUACACCUUGAGGAGCUGUAUCUACGCCAUAACAGGCUGUCAGGGAUACCCCUCCUACAGAACUGUAAAAACUUCAAAGAACUUCACCUGGGUAACAAUCAGAUGAGCAGUAUUACAUCAGAGCACCUGCAGCACCUGGCGUCAGUGUCAGUACUGGACAUCAGAGACAACAAAAUCUCCGAGCUCCCGGAGGAAAUCACGUGUCUGAGUGGACUACAACGAUUGGACCUCACAAACAACGACCUUACAGGGCUACCAUUUGUCCUGGGAACAAUCCAGUCCCUGAAAUCUAUUGUUUUAGAUGGAAACCCCAUGAAGUCAAUCAGAAGAGAUAUUAUACAGAGAGGAACAGUUGAGUUGAAGAAAUACCUGUGUAGCAGAAUAGAGGAACCAGAACCGGUGGUAGCCACCAACAAGGGGAUCCAGAAUGGGGGGGACACGGGGAUUGUCGGGGGGUCAGGGGAGGGCCUGAAAGCUCACGACAUCCUGCAGUCUAAAGCCCUGGACUACAGUAAUAAGAAAGUCGACUCUGUACCAAAUGAUGUAUGGGAGGUGGCGAUGAAGUCAGGGGUAACCAGUGUAAACCUGAGCAAGAACCAGUUUACAGAUCUCCCGACAAACUUGAUACUACUGGAGUCGACCCUGAAGGAGUUUUAUUUUGGGUUUAACAAGUUAACAGCUCUGAACCCGGACAUUGGAUUGUUCCUCAAGCUAACUACUCUGGAUCUCAGGAACAACAUGCUGUCUGACUUACCAAAAGACGUGGAGUCCCUCCAGGAACUGAGAGAAAUUGUACUGUCUUGUAAUAGGCUUACCACCCUACCCCCACCAUUGUAUGAACUGAAGAAGCUAGAGAUAAUAUUCGCUGACAAUAACAAGAUAACCACAAUAGAUGCUGCAGGGAUCAGAGGUCUACCCAUGCUGGCCACCUUAGAUCUACAGAACAAUAACAUCGAGCUGGUGCCCCCAGAAUUGGGCAACUGUACACAAAUCAAGUCGCUGUUGCUUAGUGGGAAUGCCUUUAGAAAUCCCCGUCCUGCGAUCCUGGCCAAGGGAACUCUGGCUUUACUAGAGUACCUGAGGAGUCGUAUAGUGUCCUAACUAAUGGCAAACUUGGUACCAGUACAGCUAUUAAUGGAAGUGUUCAGCCAAGGAACUGUAUUGUACCAGGUGUUAUAUAGUUACAGUAUUAAUGUCCCACAACUUCCCAUAUAAACAGUGCUAGUGAAUUGAUCAAGAAUAUGCAAUAUUGAAUCUUUAUAGAUGCAAUUUUGGUGCCUGUUGAUAAAUAUAAUUGUUGAUUUAUGCUUGAUACCAAUUUGUUGAAUAAAUUGGUUUUAUGUUUAUUCAA